AAAAUGUGUAUAUUUAUUUUGCAAGGGGAGGGGGGGAUGCGAUUGCUGGAUGAACGUUUGUUACCAAAAAAAAAAUGCUUUGAGUUGCAGCAUUGAAGACAAGUCAAGUCUACUUGACUUCUGCCAGACGCGUGGUCCCUGGAGCACAGGCGAAGUGUUGGGUCAACCUACCUUGUUAGCCAAGUGACACUCGUCAUGGGUCCCAACCCCGCCCCCUUUACCCCCCUGGGCCAAUCAGAAAGUGUAACUACCCCGGGCGGUCCAAUAGCCCGGCGGAGAAGACGCGAUCGCACUCUCGCCAUCAAACUAGGUUGAGCCCGAGGUUAUAUAAAGAGUCAAGAGCCGGGACGACGCCGGUGGAAGAGUCAAGAGCCGGCGGCUGCUGUGGAGUCGCCUCUGCGGCUGAGGGAGAUAUUGUGUCAAUCAACCCAUAUAUAUAUAUAUAUAUGAUUUUUUUUUAACCCGGGGAGAGAGAGCGGAGGAGUUAAAGAGCGACAGGCAACGCCGACAACGACAAAACUGAGAGGAAGAAAGUGAAAAGAAUAUUUAUUUGAGGGGAAAAAAAAACGAACCAAAGAGGAGAGGAGGGGGCGAAAGCAUCUAAUUUAUUUAUGAAGAAAACAGGGGCCUGUAAAAUGGCCGGCGACUGCGGCUCGUCUGAGGUGGUCAGCCGGUAUUUAAAGGACGCCGAGGAGCAGGGCUCGGCGAUGGGCGGCGAGGAGGAGGAGGAGGAGGAGGAGGAGGAAGAAGAAGAAGAAAAAAAUAAUCCCGGAGUGGAAGGAGACGGAGACGGCGAUGCCGCCGCCAUCGCCAUCAUCUCCUCCUCGGGCGAUGGCUCUCCGGCCGCCUCGGCUUACGAAGUGAUAGACGGGACCCUGUACCGCAAGAGGCUGGAGAGAGGGGCGACCAGCUACACCGAGGUGCUGGUGGGGGCCGCCGCCGAGCAGAGGAGCGCUGUCAUCGCCUCUUUCCACCAACAGCAGCAGCAGCAGCCGGCGGUCGGCCAGCGUCACUGCACCAUGGAAGAGACCUACAAGAAUGUCUCUGAGAACUAUUGGUGGGAAGGAAUGUUUCCAGACAUCAGAGACUAUGUCCAAGGAUGCAAACAAUGUAAAGACAAGAGAGAUAAUCCUCUGAUUUCAGAAGAAAAGCACAUAACUCGUAAACUGACUUCACACUGCAGCAAAGUGCUUGAGAGGUUGAACAGCCAACGUUCAAAAGGACUUUUUUGUGAUGUGACUUUGAUAGUGGAGAAAACACCUUAUCCAGCUCACCGUGCUGUUUUGGCAGCUGUUAGUGAAUACUUCCACGAUCUGUUUUCAGAGAAAGGAACCAUGUCUAAUAAAGUUGUGGAUUUGAAAGGUUUCAGCAGCAUAAGUUUUCUUCCGCUUUUGGAAUUUUCCUACACGUCUUCAUUGUCUGUGAAACCGGAUUAUUUUGCUGAAACAUCUGCUUUAGCCAGACAUCUGCGGAUUUGGGAUGUGGUUGAAAUAUGUGCAGCAUUGUGCAAAUUGCAUGGAACUGGGAACAGUAAAGCGUGCAAAGAGGAACCCAGUAAAGAAGAGAAAAAGGAAUUUUCUUCAUAUGAAGUUUGUAUUGAUCAAUCUUUAAUUGGAUCGAGGCAGCAUGUGUCUGAUAUUUACUAUCGUUUUGGCCAGUUAGAAGACGGCCCAGCACAACAAAAACAGGAUAAAUUUGGUAGAAAUGUGUUUUCUCCAAUAUCACAUUCACCAGUGAUUCAAGGUGAAAUUAAAGUGCCUGAUUUUACUCUUAAGCUACAAGAAAUGCAGUCGGGACUUUUCAAAGACAAGAUGGCACCAGUUCAUUCUGAAAGCUGUUUUGGUAAUCUGGGGAUGGAGACAUUGGAAAAUCCCAGUAGACGUUUUAAAUUAUUAGGUCAAACUCCAUCUAAAAAGUUAAAGGUUAAAUCUGAUUUGCCACAAAGAUGUUCAGCUGCAAAUAAGGCACUUAAUAACAUUCCUACUUCUUUCGAACCAAAAUUUGCAGAUACGUCGAGAAAUGUUUAUCAUCAAAGAAAAAGUAACCUUGAGAAAUCCCCCAUCAAAUCCAAAUCACGGUCAAGAGCGUCAAAGCACUUGGAUCAUAAUAACUCUGGCCCUCAAGAUAACUCUGGUUCCAAAGGAGUGAAUACACUUCUCCGGUCACCGGUCAGACAAGUGGCCACUGAAGAAGAACUUUAUUCACCUAACACAACUGAGAAAUAUAAACUACUUAGUGUAUUGGGGUUGCAGAGAAAAACCUCUGUUACUGAUGGGGAAGAACAGGCUAGUUGGAAACAGAAAAGAAGACUUCGACAGGCCAAAGUAAGAAAUUAUUCACUGGCAACCGGGACAAGGAAACAAAGGAUCAAGAGGGCACAAAGCCAACUGCAGCAAGACCAGAUUAAAGCAAAAGGACUUGCCAAUUGCUUUGUUGUCAUUGAAAAGAUCUUGCCAACGGCACAGAAACAAAAAGAAGACAAUCAACAAUUAAACAAAACAUGGUUUGCACUAAAAUCUGAACCUUUAAAUUGUAAAAUCAACGUGUCUCCGUGUUAUACUGGAAAUGAAGUAGUUUGUAGUCCAGCUAAAAUACAAAUAAAUAACCCUCAAGUUAAAAUAGAAGGCUGGAACAGUUUACUUGAUAAGAAAAUCCAGCCAGAAAAUAAUUGCUCUGCAACCAAAAAGUCUCAACGCCAAACAAAUUCCAGUAUUUCUAAAACAAGUGUGAAGAAUAAAUUGUCAGUAAGUUCUGCGGAGGUAGCAGUGUCAUCAAAAACUCAACCAAGAAAGUCUGGAAGAUGUGCCUUGUAUGAUAUGUCAGUGAAAUGCUCUUCCUCUCUAGGAAGCACUGCAGCUAAGUUGUCACCUUGCUUGAUGGAUCAUGGUCACAUUGGUAGAAGAACUAGACAGUCAUUCAAGUCCAUGGUAAAUUGUAGAAAGUGUAAACUGAAGAACUUGGACUAUAUGCCAAAUUGUUCAAAAAAUGCUGCUCAGAAAAGAUUGUCAAAACAAACACUUCUGAAGAAUGAACUAUUGAAGAAUAAGCUAUUAGAUGGACAUAAUUUUCAUGGGAAUCAAAAACUGUUUUCUGAUGAUAUCUGUGCGGCAGGGCCAGCGAAAAGGAAAGGAAAACAAGUUAUGACGGAGAAACUGUUAAACCAAUUGCCUGCAAGAGAUAAUGUUGGAAAGUUAAAAAGACAAAAUGAUGGAAAAACCCCAGUUCCAAAAGUUUGCCAAAAUAUUGCUGGAGUAGUGAAGGAACGGAAGGCGACACCUCGGCUAAACAGGAGACGAGGUAGAAAUGAGCAACUAAAUUUAUCACGAUUGAGAACUCAUCAAGGGACAAAGAAACAAGAACAGUUAAAAACUGUUUCCAGGAACCCAAAAAAGCAGAUUCUGAUCACCUCCAGCAAAACACAAGUUAAAAGGAAAGUAAGUAGCACAGGAUGUCGAUAUUUAGGUGCUGAAAACCAAAAUUAUUUGCAAUGCAUAAAAGCUGUCCUGGGUAAAAGGAAACGUACACCUACACAGAAAAUAAUUGAAGCUGGUUUAUCCUUUGGAUUUCUUUUAUCAUCCCAAAAAAAGGAUAAAAUUAAUAGGUUACCUGACCAAACCAAAAGCAAACAAUUAGAUUUAUCUCCAAGUCGCAUGAUAAGGAACAACAGUGCAACUGAAACAAAGACUCCUGAAAAAGUAAAGUCGAAAAUAACCACUCCUAAUGAUCGAGCAACAGUUAGAAGACAGAAUUGUAACACAACUGAACAUGGCUUUGGUCAGAGAAAGUUGCCGUGUUCAGAAGCUUCAGGAAGGAUGAAAGAGAUUGUGACAGCAAAAAUAAAGAGAAUCAAACCUGUUGCCUUGUAUGGAAAGAAGCUGUUAAAUUUGAACAUUAAGAAUACACUGGUUAAAAAGGCGACAAAACGACCUAAUCCAAAAGCUAAUAAUAUAAACAAAAAAACACAACUGUCUACCUCUCAGAAGGCAAUGAAGUUGCGAGUAGCCAGUGCUAGUUCAAAAUUCACAGGUUCCAAGAGCCUACCAAAGAAUUUGCGGGGAGCUGCACAAAAACUGAAGAAAAUGCAGCCAAAAUGUAAGGAAACGUUAAAAUUGACUGCAAGAAGAAAAUACAUAGGUGAAGAAAGCAUGAAAAAGACCAAAGUUUCAGGAGCCCACACAUGCCAUGAAUGUAGUACAACGUUCACAAAUUGUGACACUCUGUUUCUGCACAGAAUCAGACACAGUGGGGGAAGGCGCUGGCCCUGUCUCCUGUGUGAUAAAUUGUUCCAUCUCCGGAAGAACAUCCGAGUUCACCUUCGCAGUCAUAGUGAGAAGCUGUACAAAUGCAAGCUGUGUAUUGCAGUAUCAAAGAAAGCAAAGUCACUUCAGUCCAAGCGGAAAUAAACAGCCGAGGUGGAUGGGCCAAAGAACUGAAAUGGUUAUAGUUGCAAGCUGGAAUCUGAAGUUGUUUUGGUACAUCCAAAUUUAUGCAACCAUUGAGAAAUUGAGAAAACGGGCAGAGUUUUAUGGUGUUUGCAUCAGAACAUUAAAUGACCAUUGGGGCCCCUCGAACUUAAUUAUCCUUAAAUGAGAAAAGUAAAAUGGAGCCCAUUGCUGUACACGCCAUCUGAUUCUGCCAUUUAAGCCAUUAAAAAAAUGUGGCCAACCCUUAAACUUUAGCAAAAAUUAGAAAUGUUAUCCCCCAAAAAUUAAUCGUGCCUGGUUAGUUUUAUUUAUCCAUCAGUGUACUUGCCUUUAUUGCAACUCUGUUUUACCCUGUGAUUGAUUUCUGGUUAAUUUGGAAUGGAUAAAAUCUGUGCCUUUGAGACUUGUUAUGUACAUUAAAAAAAAAAAGGUGGUUACUGAAACCCCUUAGUAGGUAUAACCAAAAGCAUGAUUGUUUUCUAUGCACUGGACUUGGAGACUAGUAACUUGAUAGAAAAUGAAUCAUAUUUGAUGUUGAUCUGUGGUUAUAGUCAUGUAUUUGAUGUAACCAUUACUGCUAGAAUGAAGCAAUUGUGCAAAACACUGUAAUGUUUUGUAGAUUACUGGAUAUAAUUGCUGUUGUAAAUAUUCAGAAACAUGUAUGUUCAGUCUAUUUAAAAGAAUAUGGCUAUCCAAUUAACAGUCUACACAAACUAACUGGUGAAAAAAUUCAUACUUAAAAUUUAUAUUUAUGAAACUAAUGGUAGAAUUAUAGGUUUUACUACUUCAUAAUUUUUAAGAUGUUCUUUAAAGUGUUGCACGUUUUAUCUCAGAAGUACACCAGCUUUUUUAAAAAAGGGAACUUAAUAUUUUACAAAAGGUGUUUACUCUAAUGUUACAAUUGAAAUGGCCAUUAAUGUUUGGGAAGUUUUUUCAUUCUGCAAAUCUAACUAGUUCAGUUGUAUGUGUUUUAGUAUUGUAAGUGUAUUUAUAUCACUGACAAGCACACAAAUAUACAUGUGUUAAAGCACUCUCCUGCUCAGGUUUUAUUUGGGUGAAUGUAUUUGAGAGAAAGAUGUAAUUUAAAUUUAUUUCAUUUUCAGAUUUGUUUUAACAUUAUCAAUUAUCAGUCUAAAAGUUUGAAAACGCUGAAGCCUGCAGAAAACCCUCUCAUCUCAACCUUCUCUGGGUUUUAGCAAGUUGAAACUAUCAAAUUUGAACUGAGAAAUUAAAAUAUAUUCUAUACAGUCUUGGCAUCAUUGUUCACUCACCAGCGGCCUCAUUUCUAACCAGUUGCAUUCUCUUGACCUUAAGACAUGAGCUGCUUUCUGAAUCUUCCCAGAUAUAGUUCUCUGACUAAAAUCCUUAUAUUUGUAGAAGAAACAGUCUCUAGCGAUAGAACAGAAAGGGGCAUUGUUGAAAUUGGGUUUUGUGUUGAAAUUGGGUUUAUCAAGUUAUUUAUACAAAGAUUCACUACUGAAGUUAAAUCAGUUUUUUUUACAACCUCUAAUUUGCUUUCUAUGUUUUUACUUUGCCAAUGUUAGGUAGAACGCCACGGUUGGCCUUUUAAAAUGUGAAUUUGAAGUUUAACGUGUUCAUUGAUGUAGCUGAACCAACGACAACUUUACUGCACAAGUCUUUGUUUCCGAAGGUGUUUUAAAUCCUCCAAAAGGAACACAUUAGGUACCCUUUUACUGCAUGUUGCUUUAUAUUUUAUUUUGAAAGGACAGUUAUCUGAAAUGCUGAACAAAGUGACAUGUUAAGAAUACCUCCAGUUCGUGGAUUUUCCUUAGUCUCAGGUCUCGGAGAGAAUCCUUCCUCAAACUGUUUAAUGCUUUACAGUCAAAGUUGAAUUUGGUUCCCAUUCCAAAUGUUAAACUUUUUAGGAAUGUAAAUUUUGUAUGAACAUUAACACCUUAACUUUUGUACAUAAUUCUGAGGGGUUUUCGCAAAGUUGAAGACUUUAUAAUGUAGUUUUGAAAUCCCCCAGCAAAGAUGAACUAAAUGCUUAAUUGUACUAUUUUGUAAUUUAACUUUUGACAAGUAGUUUUAGAAUAGAUUUUCAAGUAAUUAAAUUUUGAUCUAUUAAGUUUCUUUGUUUCAUAAGUUUUUUCAUUGUUUUAGAAUAAUAAAAAUAUAAAUGUACAGUCACUUCAGACACUUAUAACUUUGAUUACACUUAUGCAAUGAAAAAAGCUGUAAAAUAUGAACAACGAUGCUAAUUUCUUUGCUUUACACGAUUAAAAUGUAUAAAAAUAAUUUACACUGAAUCUAUCCACAAUGUACAGUUGCAGUUAAGUACUUCUUGCAUAUAGUUUCUGUGGCUGCCAUUUGGGUGGAGAAUGUUCCCAUGAGCUGCAGAAUAUAUUUUGAUCUUUUCUGAAGUUUCCAAAUGGAAACUGGUCCCUGUCCAGUUCUUUGUUCCUUAUAUUAUGAUUAUACAACCAAUAAAGACAUUUUCUGAAAUAAUUUGUCUGCUACUGGUUAUUUUGAACAACAGACUUCUCGGUCUUUUCAUUACUACUUGCCUCCAAUCUAACUGCAUCUACCAUGCUGAAAUUUCAAUGUUUGAACUUUGCUGGUGCAGAAAUGUUUGUUUGAUCCCUUAAGUUUAAGGCAAGAGUUUUCAAAUUGAUAGUGUCUUCCACAUAGCAAUGUGGCCGCAAAGAUAUCUGCUGAAACAGACCACUGCCGUAGGAUACCAUUUAAAAAAAAUGACAGUGGUUUAGGAGUUUUUAGUUACGUUUCUGAAUAUUGAUUAGGUUAGUCAAUGCUUU